AAGCCGUUGUUAUUUGUAUUUUGAUGGAUUGUAUUGUUUUAUUGAAUCUAAGCAAGAAACUGUAUACUAUCGUUUAAGGUUCUCCAGAAAUCUAUUUCCUACUUGUGUACUUUUUACAAUAUAUGGAAACAUAUUUUCAUGGCCCAAUUACGGCGAUUUGUUUCUUAUCAGACAAGUUUCUUUGUUAUGCUCAAGGCUCCCACUUGGUUUUAUUGAAUAUAUCUCACCAACGAAUAAUUGAUAGACGACAAGUUUUGCCAGAUGGAAGAAGAAUUUUUGGUGUUUCCAACUUUGUCGUUCGUCACAAUUCUGAGCGAAGAGUCGUUCUAGUCUUUGGGGAGAGAUGGGUUUCUGUUUCCUAUCUAACGAGUUUGAUGCUGCCCGAGUUGCAACAAAUUGCUCUUAUUCGAUGUUCGGAUUGGGUGUUCGAUGUGUGUUUUAUUGAAAACGACGAUAAUUCUUGUUUCCUCGUUCUCUGUGCUCAAAGUCAUCACGCUUGUGAAGUGUUUUCCGUAAACUGCACCACUCAGGCUUGUCAGUUUACAACAAGACUACAAUUUCCUUUUGAGGAGAUAACUUGGUCGGCUUCUAUAUAUGUCGACAAAACCACUGAAACAAUAACAUUAGCAAGUGGCUGCUAUUCAGGAAAUAUCAAGUUGUUUCUAUUUGAAAAGUCACUUUUAGAGCCUUUAAAUGACUCGAAACUAUAUUUAUCGGAAGAAACAAGCAAAAGUCUUCUACUAAAAGGUCAUAGAGGGCCCGUAUUCCGUAUCCGUUGGGAGUCUACGGGCAACCGAUUGGCUACUACCGCAGAUGACCGUUGCAUUCGAAUAUGGAAAAAGUCUACUAUGGAAGGUGUUUAUUUUCAGCAACAGGUAGUAUUGUGGGAUUCUACGAGUAGAAUUUGGGAUCUGGAAUUUCUACCAGAUGAUAGGAUUAUUGCUGCUUGUGAAGAUGGAAUCUGUAGAAUCUGGAAUAUUUCAGAUGAAAAGUGUUCAAUUCGAUUGGAAGAUAAUUAUGGAAUGAAUGUGUUUUGUACAAGUUCAUGGAUUGAUCAUCGUUUCUCAUGCUUCAUAGCAACAGGUGCAGCAGAUUCAAGUUGUCAAAUCUAUCGGUUAGAAGACAUUCUUAGGAGACAGACAGAUAGAUAUUCUACAGUAUUUGAAUUGCCUUGUGUUGAGGUGACUACGAAUACUAGUUUGAAAUAUAAUUUAUGGAACAAGAGCCAAGCAGGUAUAAAAAAGGGUUCUUCUUAUUCAAAGGAAAGCGUGAAAUCCAUACGUUGGUUGUCUCGUGAGAGUUUGAUGAUAUAUACUGACCAUAACCGGAUAUAUCAUGUUGGUGUAUGGAAACAAGGACAAGCAUGGAAACAAACCUGGACAUUAUUACAUCAUGUUGAAGAUAAAAUAUUGGCACCCAUUUCUAUGACUUUUAUAAAACAUGGCAUAUUGAUUGGAACGAAUUGUGGUCAAGUGCUGAUAUUCAGUUUGCUUGAUAUCAAACGACAUGUGGAACAUCGCUCCAAAGUGGAUUUUGUUCUUCGUUUCAAAAGAAACUCAUUUCAAGCCACCAGAAAAGGAGCUGUAAUGAAUAUCUUUUCAAGUUUUGAGGAGAAUUCCAACGAGUUGUUAUCACAACAGGAAUUUUCCAUGAGAGAGCAGAUAUUUAUUGUUACACCUGAUGGCUGCAUGUUUUGGUAUCAUUUAGUUUGGAAUGUUGAAGAGGAUGUUUUGGAAAAGGUCCAAUUGCAAUAUAUUUUGAAGCAUCCUUGUAAAGAUGGACUAUUUACUGCUAUGUGUUUUCAUUCAAAGACAUCUGCUGUAGUUUGUGGUGAUAAAAAGGGUAAAAUAUUUGUUUUUAUUCCAUUGCAAGACAUUGAUUCUCCUGUAUUGAUGCCCAUUCAUUCGCUACAACUACAUAGCGAUCGAAUUCAUUGUCUAUCGUGGAUAGCAGAUAAUAUAUUCUUAUCGGGAAGUGUGGAUGGAAUGCUUUUCUGGAAUCUCUUUACGAACAGAGAAGAUUAUCAAGUGCAAGCGUUAUGCCAGAGGAAAUGCUUUUAUAAAGUUGCCACAGUGGACAAGUUUUUAAAGGAUUCUACCAAUCGUGGAUUAUUUCUUGUUGGGUUUCAUUCAAAAUAUCUUACUAUAUGGGAUAUAAUACAGGAGAAAGAAGUUAUUUCCAUUGAUUGUGGUGGUUGGAGAAGAGCGCAUGAUGUUUGGCUUUGUUCAAACGAGUUUAUGAUUUGUUUUACUCGCCGAGGUCAACUCGUCUUAAGAUAUGAGUGUUUUGAGGACAUUCACUCCAUUGUAAAAACUCCUUCCAACGGAUUUCAUGGCAUGCGAAUCAAUCAUAUACUGAUGAGAGAAUGGAACGGAGUUCUGAAUCUUCUUAGUUGUGGUGAAGAUACUAUGGUGAGAAAUUCAGUGUUCUGUACCCAAACUCACGAAAUGUGUUCUCUUCAAAUACUUGACUGUCAUAUCUCUGGUGUUCAAUGCUGUGCAGUGGAUGAAGAAUGGUUAUGGACAGGUAGUGGAAAGGAUCAACUUAUUGUUUGGAAAAAAGCCACCGUAAAUUCCGAUAUCCGAUAUUCUCAACAUAUUGCACAAAGUACUUGUCAUUAUUAUCAUAAGAAGGACAUGUAUUUUGGAACGUUGGAUAAGAGUCAACGCAUGCGCUUUGUCAAUAAGGUUACCAGCAUAGCUACUCAAAGAGUUACGAGUUUGUUAGUACUUCCGAAGCAUUUGUUGAUCCGUAGGAAUACUCUUCCAUGUGGCAUUUUACAUUCGCUCAUAUUUGUAACGCGCUCAGAUGGAUCUUUUGCAUUGAACAGUUUAUUAGAAGAGCCCAAGGAAAGUAACAAAUGGACUAUACAUUCAUUAUAUCGUUUCAAUGUAUCGCAGUUUUCUAUUUUAUGUUCUGAUAGUUUGAUAUUACCUGAAUGCUUACAAACAGACUGGAGAAAGAUUCUUAUCUUUGCUUGCAAUACCGUUGGCCAAUUGUUGAUUUGGCAACUUGGUGAAAUGGACUUGGAAAAUCCGUUUCAAGUUGUGAAUGAAUUUUCAAAGAAUAGCAUUGUGAUAAGUGAUUUACAUCAAGGGGCGAUCCAUGAUUUACAUGUUUCUUUACUAGAAAACAACGAUGUUCUAGUAGUGACUGGUGGAGAAGAUCAACGGAUGAAUUCUCAUCUUUUCCAUCUUGAUGCCACAUCUAUCGAAGAAAGGCCAAUCCUGGUGAAGCUACAUAGUUUAGUUCCCAACUGUGGCCAUAGUGCAAGUGUUACAGCAGUUUGGACUGAUGGAAAAGUAAUUUUCAGUAGUGGUGCCGAUCACAAGUUGAUAAUAUGGGAGAUAAAGACAUCUUCUGAUAAUGGGCAGUCCAAUAUAUUUCUUCAACCCUGCAAGACAGUGGUUUCCAAUGUAUCGGAUAUUUCUUGUAUUUCAGUUGCCAAUGAUUGGCUUGCUUUGGCUGGUUCUGGAGUAGAAUUUAUGAAAUGGAAAUAAAUAGAAGAGCAUUGGUGCUAUUUUC